AUGGAGUUCAAGUUUCAGCAUAUUUUUAUAUUUCUUUCUGUGGCAUUAGUGGCAAGCCAUGCAGCUUUAACUUCACAGGAAGAUUACUGGAGAUCUGUGCUGCCUAACUCUCUCAUGCCUAAAGCUGUGAAGGAUCUUCUCCACCCGGAAUUUGUGGAAGACAAAAGCACUGCUGUUGGGGUAAGCAAGGGCGGCGUCGGUGUCAACGCCGGCAGUCCCGGAAAAGGAACCAAUGUCGGUGUCGGCAAAGGCGGCGUGGUAGUCGGAGCACCUACCAAAUCAGGCAAACCAGUCUAUGUUGGAGUAACACCAGGACCAGUACCCUUUCUUUACAAAUAUGCAGCUGAAGAAAAUCAAAUCCAUGAUGAUCCAAAUGUAGUUCUUUUCUUCCUGGAAAAGGAUCUUUACAAAGGAAACAACAUGAAAUUGCAUUUUUUUAAGAGUUCAGAUGAUCGGGCUAGUUUCCUGCCUCGCCAAGUUGCUGAUUCAAUUCCGUUUUCAUCCAAAAAGUUUCCAGAAAUUCUUGAUAGAUUUUCACUGAAUCCCAGUUCAGAAAAAGCUGAAAUCAUGAAGAAAACUAUCCAAGAAUGCGAGGAGACAGGGAUAAAAGGAGAAGAAAAGUACUGCGCAACUUCAUUGGAAUCCAUGGUCGAUUUCAGCACCUCCAAAUUGGGACGAAAAGUCGAGGCAAACUACAAAAUUGUUGGCGUCAAGAAAUUGUCCGAGGAGAAAGCAGUAGUUUGCCACAAGCAGAAGUAUCCAUAUGCUGUUUUUUACUGCCACAAGACAGAAACCACCGUGUCUUACAAGGUGGCGAUGGUGGGGGACGACGGCACCAAGGUGAAAGCAGCGGCGGUUUGUCACAAGGAUACGGCGGCGUGGAACCCAAAACACUUGGCUUUUCAGGUGCUGAAGGUGAAACCAGGGACUGUUCCAGUCUGCCAUUUCCUUCCUCAGGAUCAUAUUGUGUGGGUUCCUAAAUAUUAG